CAUCAUCAUCAUCAUUAUCAUCAUAAUCUUUUUUUUUUUUUAAUUUCUAACAGGCAUACAUCUACAUACACAAUCCCUGUAUCUAUAUUUGACUGCCUCGAUUUCAGGUAGCUUCCAUUACUAUUCUCACGUUUUUCAAAUUUUCCUUUUUUCUUUUUCCUCGGGUAAAUCAGUUGGUGGCGUUGUUAUCAUAUCGUUUAACCUGUAAUGGACGCAAGCUGGUUCCUCGUGACCACCUUUUUCCGCCUUUAUUGAUUGACGCUAUCGACCUCCACAUGCAGCCAACAGAAUCGAAUUCAUAAAUUGAUCCUCUUCAUCGUCACCAUCAUCUGCUUUCGUCCUUUUUUUUAUCCGGUUUUAUUGUAAUUUGGAUCUGCGACGUCGGAGCUGCGACCGCGUGUUUCCCGGCGUUGAUUAGCCGCCCCGGAGUAUAAUGCCCUGUGUGUGUUGGAGAUUUGCGUGCGUAUUGGGAGUGAAUUGAGGUUUCGAGGGAAAAAUGGAGGAGAGGAAGAAGUACCCGAUUGGGGUUGAGUUUUAUACUCUGUAUGAGGAGGUCGGGACGGGAGUCAGCGCGGCUGUUCACCGCGCCCUCUGCAACCCGCUCGAUGAGGUCGUCGCCAUUAAAAUUCUCGACUUUGAGCGCAAUAACAGCGAUCUGAAUAACAUUUCACGGGAAGCACAGACAAUGGUCCUUGUUGACCAUCCUAAUGUUCUUAAGUCACACUGCUCCUUCGUUAAUGAUCACAAUCUUUGGGUUGUGAUGCCUUACAUGGCUGGAGGUUCUUGUCUUCACAUUUUGAAGGCUGCACACCCAGAUGGUUUCGAGGAGGUUGUCAUUGCUACAAUUUUGCGGGACGUGUUGAAGGGCUUGGAUUACCUUCACCAACAUGGACAUAUUCAUCGUGAUGUAAAAGCUGGUAAUGUUCUGAUUGAUUCCCGUGGUGGAAUCAAACUGGGAGAUUUUGGUGUUUCCGCCUACUUGUUUGAUGCAGGUGACCGGCAGCGCAUGAGGAAUACAUUUGUGGGCACCCCCUGCUGGAUGGCACCUGAGGUCAUGGAGCAAGUGAAUGGUUAUGAUUUCAAAGCUGAUAUAUGGUCUUUUGGCAUAACUGCUCUGGAACUUGCACAUGGCCAUGCUCCUUUCUCGAAGUAUCCUCCGAUGAAGGUAUUGCUUAUGACAUUGCAAAAUGCGCCACCUGGUCUUGAUUAUGAGAGGGACAAAAAAUUCUCAAAGUCCUUUAAGCAGAUGAUUGCUAGCUGUUUGGUGAAGGAUCCUUCAAAAAGGCCAACUGCAAAAAAAUUGUUGAAGCAUUCCUUUUUCAAGCAAGCUAGAUCAAACGAUUAUAUUGCUAGAACUCUCCUGGAAGGGCUGCCAGCUCUUGGUGACCGUCUUCAAGCAUUGAAGAGAAAGGAGGAGGACAUGCUUGCACAAAAGAAAAUGCCAGAUGGGGAGAAAGAGGAGAUAUCCCAGAAUGAAUAUAAACGUGGGAUCAGUGGGUGGAAUUUCAACCUCGAUGAUAUGAAGGCUCAAGCUUCAUUGAUCCAGGAUGAUGAUGUUACUUUGGAAAAAGACGAAGAUAUGCAAAACAAACUACAGUAUCAGUCAUCUUUAUCCAAAAGCUUUAAAGUACUUCAACACCAAUUGUCCUUUGCAAGUCAGUGUUCUGAUGCAGCAGAUUCUGAUGAUAACACACCCGCUUCUGUCUCGUCAAUGGACUCCCCGAGUAACUUAGCUAAAAUUGAAAAGUCUGAAGAUGGUGCGAGUGUCGUGACAACAUUGGAGCAGCCAACAACAAACAUGCCUCUUAGUUCUGAGAAUCAUACAGACAAUAACCUAGUAGAAAAGGUUGAAGUGGAGGCAAACAAAAGAUUAAUAGACGGAGCCCCCACUAACUCUGGGUUGUAUUUUAUACUGAAUUUCUGUGGUUUCUUUAUGGACUACUGUUCAAAUUCACCUCUUUCUUUUAAAUUGCGAAAUGCGAGAUGUUUGUCUUGGUUUCAUAAAUUGCAUGUGACAGAACUUGUCAGCAUAAGAAAAGCAAUAUCAGCUAGAAAAGGACAAAGGUUCAGUACUGUGCCUAUAUGGAAGAAAACGAAAUUAUCCGCAGAUGAAGAUAAUCAUAGAGGUUCAUUUAAUUUUGCUGGACGAGAUGUUAAUGGUGAUGAAGCCGAUGAGAAGGCCAAGAAUCAAGUUGUUCAGCAAAAAGGAAGAUUUAAGGUCACAUCAGAGAAUGUUGAGGCCGUUCCAGCUCCUAUACUACAGAAAAGCCACAGCAUGCAGGUGAUGGGUCCACUUUCUUCCAUAUCGUCACCUCCAUUAUCUUCCAUAUCAACUCCAUCACUCUCUGAUGCUACUUCAAGUUUUGGUCAUGCCAUUUUUCCCAGUUUACAGUCUGUUCUGCAGACAAAUAUUGUUCAAAGGGAUAGCAUCCUUCAUUUAAUGAAGCAAAUAGCAGUUGGUGAUCCUUUGGAUGUGGAGUGCCCACAGAUUAACAUGGCAUACGCUGAUAAAUCUUUGUUAGAUGCUUCUCAUGAUAGAGAACGGGAGUUGCUUCGAGAAAUCAAUGAUCUCCAAUUAAGCUGUCGGUCCGUACUCCCGGUCUCUUGUCGAUUAGUGGGCCUCUCGAUUGAAGGGUGUUUUGCCAUGUCGCGCUACUCGUGGUUGGCCUCUCGCCUCAAGGUGGCUCCAACAAUUAGAUGGUAUGUGCGAAUGCACAGCCCGCGCGUCUGCGGGCAGUCUGUGCGCCCUUCUGCAGCCAACGGCUGCGAGCGCGCCUUGCUGCCUGCGACCAGCAGCUUGUCUGCCAUGGCCGUCGGUGCUUUCAUGCGGCGCGUCGUUGCCGAUCGGGACUGA